CAACUAGUUGCCAAAAUAAAGAAAUGCUCGUUUAUUCAUCCUUCACAAGCAUGGGUUUGGGGCCAUAUUAUUGACAUAGUCGCAUGGGACACUCACACAUGCAUGGCAAAAUUGCCGAAAAACAGAUAUCGAUACGCCGAAAAUACUGAUCAUACGCAACGAAAAAACCCUCCUCCUCCCCUUACAUAAAAACACAUUAAAUCCGCACGGCACCAUUAUGAGAACCAUGAAAUUCAUUUUUUCAAGCAAAACUACGCGCGAAAAUCAUUAUCCAUAGGGCAUCAAGAUCAUGAGUAAAGCCACAAGAAAAACAAAAGGAAUUCGUUGACGCACCAGAGUUCCUCCAUCGGUGAAGUGACUUCAGCGAUCCUGUCGUACCCUCAGGAGAAGUACAACGUGUGUUCUGAUCUCAUCGAGUGACAUUGUUGCAGUUGUCUCGUCAUCUUGGAAAGAACAAUAGCAAACCAGUACAUCAAAAGAGACGAGCUGAUAUAUCUAUGACCGCAAAUCGACGUUCUCCGAGAUCUGAGCAGCUCGUAGAUGCAUCAGUGACUUAUGAUAUCAAGUGCAAGGCGAGUGUACUAGGAUGUGACUUCUUUUACCUUUCCUUCACGACGCUUUCUACAAGUUGAGAGUGCAGUUUCCUUAUUAAGUCAGGACUAUAAUAAUAAUAUUGUUCCUGAAUUGCAGUACUUCUCCCUCUAUAAUUACAGCCAUUAGUUUUACUAGCUUCCUUGGCUAGUCAACCAAUCUUCCUUCCAAGAAACUACAUACACGAGCAACAAGAUGUCUUCGUCAGGGGUGAAUUUCCCCAAGGAUGGGGAGCAGCGGCCGACGACAGCUGUAAAUCAAGGCGCUUUUGCAAAAUGUGUAGAGACGGCAAGCCCACAACUAGCGCAAGAGGUUCGCAGCGUUAAGAACUGGCGCAGUGGCUAUGCUGCUCAUGUGCUGAAGUUAUGACGGGAUUGCGAUCAUGAGUGAUCAACACGGAGAUGGGCGAAGGCCUUUUUAGUAAGUGCGAGUCGCAGUCAGUUCGUGUUUCUGGCUCCUGCCGCUGCCAGACUGUGUCACGAAGAUAGAAGAUGCAAGGUAUUGUCUUGAUUCAUAGGAGGAGAACUUUUCUUCUUCAAUUGAUAACGAGCGACUUCUUCUAGUUCUUCUAGAGCUGAUCUCUUCUAACACGCCAAGUCGAAUUGGCCUGCAAGAGCGAGGAGAAUGCUUUGAGUAUCGCGCAAGAUGGUCUGGCGUUCAUGCACAAAACCAUGGUUUUCGAGCGAGAUGGGGCAGAAGUGUCAGUCACCGAUGCAAUGGCAGGUGGAAACAAAAAAUUCAUGGACAUUAUGAUCCGUCAGUUGGAAUUAUAAGUAGAGGAGUCUCCAGAGUCUCCACGGUCUUUCGCGCCUCAACGGAGGUCCUCGUAAGAGAGAAAGCGACUGUAUCGAGGACGCCUACAAGUAUCAACUUGUCAUUUUCCUUACUACCUUCCAGUACUGUGUGUGCAAGUACAAGUGGAAGGCUUUUUUAGCGCAAGAAAGAUGUCAAGGUGGUUCUUGAGGAAGCACAACAAGCUACAAAAAUGAAAUUCCUCAUCCUCUCUAAUCUCAGCAAAAUUUUUCACACUGGUGUGGUGAAGGGCACUGGAAUCUUACCCAAAGGAAACGGUCUGCAGGUACCCUAUAAAGGGGGAGUCCUCUCUGGGGCGCCGCUCGUCUCUCAGAUCGAAACAUGGGUACGCAGAGGCGUCAUCGAGCUUAGCACCGGACAAGCACUUAUUAACGUAUCUUUACAUGUUUAAGAAUUAAGAUAAAGAUUCCUAUUUAAAAGUAUCUCGACUAUCUUGUUUAUCUCUACCUUUAUUUAAGAUGGUAGUUCUGCCCAGUACCUAUACUAGUAUAAUCGUGGCGCAUCGAUCCUGCACUUGCAUCUAUCUCUAUUUUUCUUAAGCCUGCACGCCAUCACCAACCGCAACGAGAAUCUGAACUCUUUCCAGGUCGUCCAAAACGAGUCCUGGUCGGAUUUGACUGACCAAACGGUGGUAUUAGUCGGUGCGGGCUCCGCCAUGGGUCCUUUCCCACUCUUGAUGGCUAUGGGGUGCAACGUGGUCGCCCUUGAUCUGCCACGUAAAGGCAUCUGGGAUCGCCUCAUCAGCAUAGCAAAGGACUCUCCUGGUAUACACCUACAGAAGUAAGUUAGCAGGUUCUAGCCCGGAGAACAAGGGCAUCUGUUACUAUUAUUACAGGAGCAAUUGGGCUGGGUGCAUAGGGCGAGAAGCUAGGCAUUUGGCAGUACUGCCGCUGCUCCUACUUGAGAAGUUGACAGAUUUACUGCCCAGGGCAGUCUUCGCGAGACUCUUAGAUAUAGGCCACGCUUGGCGCCCGAAGAUCCUGAAAACGGGAAGGAAGGCCUAAACCCUGAAAACGAUCACGAAGCUCCGCCGGUUUCAGAAAAAAGCUCCAAAACCUUCCGGGGGGCGGGGCUUGUGGCGCAAGAAGUUCGAAGGAGGCCACCGAGAUUCCGCCAAGAAAACGGGGGCCGCCCUGCUGGCAAAAAGCGCGCGGCUUUCAGUGUCUGCGGCUUCUUUUUUGGGCUGGGUGGGGCCUCUUGGGUUUCAUCUCCAGGGCCUUCAGGGUCAGGGCCUUGCUGCGUUCUGUGAAUUUUUUAGGUCGCUUAGGACUGGCGCAGCUUGCUUGGUGGGCUUGGUGGCUCGUGUGAAAAUGGCGGCGGCUGGAUGCAGGUGAAACUCCAGAAAGCUAAGCCAGGAGAAUAACGCCGCCCGGACGAUGCUGGGGGUGAUUUCGCAAAAGUCGGACACUCUGGCGCGCCGCCGCCAGCUCCCGCUGUGAUCCAGCAUAGGCGCAGGCUUGCGCCUUUGAUUUUGUCCGCGGGCAUGGAUGGGAUGGCGGGCAGGGGUAGGAGCCACCGCUGCGGGAUUAGUGAGCAGCACAGACGGCAAAGCGCGCAGCGAGCGGCGCGGCACCUGUGAAAUCGAAAGGGGCACAAAGAUGGGGGAUGAAGGCUGUGCAAAUUUGGAGGCGGCUGCACGCGCGCAGGGUUUGCCGUGGCCGGAAAAACUGCGCGCGUCUCUUCAGGACGAAGGAAGGGCCCCCCGCAGCCCAGCUGGCGCAGCUUCGCCUCUCGGGCGCUCGAGAAAUUUUCAAGCAAGCUGGGCGCCUCUGUUUCAUCUGGUGGGGGUUUUUGAGUGGUGCCCAGCGAGUAGCUUCCGCGGCUGUUUGUCAUUGUCAGGCAGCUGCUGCGCUGGGCGGUGCUUUUCGAACUCGCGCGGCCCAGUCUCGAAAGUGUUGCGUGAAGGCUUUGGCCUUUACUCUUGGCGUUUCUUUGUCACUUGUUGCGGGGGGGCGGUUUUGUUUGCGCUCCUCGGUUCUUCCGCAAGGGUGUCGGGGGUUUCUCUUAUUGCGUUUGUUUUGAAGGGGAGCCCAUUAUUCUGACCUUUGAAGGCUUUCAUCACUUGGAAUGUGAAUAUCGGGCCUGGAACUGGGGGAAGUAUCAGAGUCAACUACUUGCUCACGCGCCACGCUUAAUCGGUCCAUCCAAUAAAUUAUUCAUCAACGACAGGCACCAUCACUUUCCCUAUGUCUCGCGCGAGUACAAAGGAGAGCGAGUUUGCGGAGUUAGCUGGUUGUGAUUUGCUUGCCCAAACGCCUGAAAUCCGAAACUGGCUUCUCGAUGUCCGUCCCGGUGAAAGACUUUUGGUCGGUGCCUAUGCCUACCUUGACGGCCCGCUCUUCGUCCGUGUCAGCGUAGCGAUGUUACGGCUUUGCCAAUGAUAUACUUUAUAAGUCAUGAGAAUACCGGAAUGCUCUUGAUCUUGUUAGACACUCUUUUCUACUUCUCCUUUGUUUUCCUUUGUAAAAGAGCCGGAACCUCAGCCUGAGUACGUUUCUAACUCCCGACGCCAUCAUCGAAUCGCUGAUGACCUUGCGCAAGGGUCCCAAGAUCGCAAUUGCCUAUCUCUGCACGCCGACCGACGCGCAUGUGAGUUCGGCCGCUGCCCAUGCGCAAGCCUCGAAUGAGGCACGGAAAGCCCCUAUGUGGCAAAAGCUGUAUGGCGCGAUUGCGGGCAUGGCGUGUCCCAAACGUCGCUUAGCGUCGAACAGUCGAAAACCAGUAGUAGCAGACGAUGGAACAGAAUACUUCGUCACAUUAUGUCGAGACGUCUUUACAUCAACAUAGCAUAGAAUAUACUUGUUGCAUAAUGCCAGAUAGGAUCAACAUGCUUGUCGUGCUCUUUAGUUUAGCAUGUGUGUAAUUUGCUAAGUAUCAGCUGAGAGCAAGAGCAAUACUUGCGUGUCACCGUCAUCGCUAACUAAGUAUUCUUCAUCUGUUGCAGUUUCUUGUUGAAGAAAAUGAAAAUUGAAGUUCCUCUAACUGACGAUGCCACAGUGGUGGAACAGGGACCCAACUACAUUCUGGCUAAGCGCUUGCAGCACUGGCGCGCAGUCUUUGCACGCUCUCAGGGACACCUAGUGUUAAGGCUCGAUACAAUUCAUUUGUUUUCCAAGAGUAACUUAAACUUUCUUCGCUUUCCACCUUCUUAGGAUCAUUCUGAAGAAACGGAAAUGAAGACAAGAAAUUAUGAAUUGCUUUGAUGAGCUCUAAAAGUGAGCACAAAUAUCGCGCCUGCAACUGCUACAGCUUCUGUUGUAUCGAACAAAUUGUUCGCGCUCGCAUACGAAGGACAGCCGUACUUCACGCCGAUUGAGGUACGAAGGUUUACAACUUACUAGUAAGUAGUUCUAGAUCUAGUUGUACUAAGUAGUUUGAUUUACAACAACUUAGACUAGCAGUUCUAGAUCCAGUACUAGUUGUGCUAGUCUGAUCUUCAUUCUCUUUCUCCGCUUGACUUUCAAAAGGAAAAGUACUAAUCUGAGAAGCCAGAACAAUGUGGAGUUGCCAAGACCUCGAUCAAAAAUUUUUUCUCUGCUUGUAGCAUGCAUGCCAAAAUUAUUUACAUUUGAAACACGGCCUUACAAACUGCCACAGGUCUUCGAGGGACCGACAUCGAACGCGGUCAUGGCUGCCUUAUUGGUCAACGAUUUGCGAAACCCCCUUUCUGUUAUGCUCUGUCCCCUUAACUUCUAUUUAGUAGUGUUUUCAAAGUCCACCUACUUUGUCCCGUGUUUGACGCAAAUCGUCAUUGAGCAAAGUACUUUUCUAAUUCCCUCGCCAACCCCGAUCGCAAACUUCGCAACCCUAUGGAGCUGUUCAGUGAGUAUGGAUGAUGUUUUUUCCAUCUUUCAGACCUUCGAGGCUGCUCCUUUUCCCCUUAAAACUGUACUAUAAGUUAAGGGGGGCCUCGAUGGUCUGCCCAGAUGGAAUAGACGCCAUCUAUAGUGCGAACUCGUUCCAUGGUGGUGCUUGGCGAUGUGCCUACAAAUACAAUGCGAUUGGGCUGCCCAGUAUUGCGGCAGGCCUCGUAGUUAAGGCUCUCGUCACUAAUGGAUGCAUCUUUGAUGACUGCAAGUAUCCUUGGAGAAAAGCACGAGGGGAACAUAGUUCAUUGUCGGGGAAUACUCGUCUCCCAUACUUUACUUCAAGAAGGAUGUCGCACGAGAAAGUUCUAAUGUAGGAAAAUACGGAUUGAAGUACUAUCUGGUGCUCUACAACGCGGUCCAGACAAUCGGGUGGAGUGUUAUUCUAGCAAAGGUCGUCGAGGCGGUUAUCAGGGGCGGGUAUACUGGUUUUUCCUCUUGAACUACAACUCGACUUCAUGAACUAUACUAGGGUUAGUAGAAGUUGUACACCUCCUUCUAUCUAUUUUAUUGAUUGAUGUUCCUUCAUUUGGUCCUACUUUGUAGCUUUCUUGGUGUGGUUCUUUUUGUGAGGUCUAGGUCAUAGUUGGGCACAAGAUUGUUGAUGUAAUGAGAUUGGUAAGAGGGAGCGCUAUAUUUUUAUCGACGUCCACAGAAUUGUUUUUACUGACCGGUACUGCAGCAAAUACAUAGUCGAGGAAAUGUCUUCUCUAAAUUGUCUCUAUAAGUGACAUCAAUCACAAUCAGUUUCGCUGGUCUUGCUUCGUCCUGGGUGUCGGCUGGUCCUCUGGUUGUGACGAUGCACUACGUCAUGCUAUUGGAGAUUCUACAUAGUGUACUUGGCCUCGUCCGCUCCAAUCCGGUUACUGCUGCUAUUAAGGCUCCUAAUAAUGAGAUGGACCGAAAGGCAUCUUGUUCAACUUGCUCAACAUCAUUCUUGGUCUUGGAGCUGGUCUCCUUUUCCAGUAGGGUCUCCUCUUCAAAGUAGUUGUAGAAGGAAAGACUACUUUUGAAGAGUUGCUAGUAGAAGACGAGGACUCUUUUGAUGACGUUCUAGACGGCUGCGGUUAUAGCGCGGUUAGAGUGUGCGAGAGUCCACCCCGGUCCCUCCAUCUUCGCACCCUUUGCCAUCAUUCCUGGAGCUGGUCUCCUUUUCCAGUCCUUUUCCACUGACUCUCGUCGAAGAAGAUGCGACGCGAUAGCUCUAAUGGCAUCCAAGUCUACUCUCGUCUCCAAGUCUGCAUUAUCCUAAAAUACAGUGGAAACAAUCCAGCGUUGCUGACGGGCGUUAUGCUUCUUUAUGACACGGUGAUGUCGUCUAUGUCUAGCUCUAGGUAGAUAAACAUUUCAAUUUCGGAGGUGCACAAACAUAAUAUCUAGAAGCAGAAAAAGUGCAGAUCUUGUUCCUAUCAGAAGCGUCGCCCUAGGUGGUGCCGCGAUAGCAUUAGUUCUUGUACCUCGUCUCUGUGAUCACGCACAUGUGCUGCAUUUUCAUCUCUCAUCUUCCUCUGUAGUUUUGUUACGAUUACUAGAGUAAUCUCCACCUCCUAACACAUACUCUUUCUUCCUCUGUAGUUUUCCCCUUUCAUACUCUUGCAUGGAGCAUCACGGAAGCGAUUCGCCACGCCUACCUCGCGAGCAACCUCCUGCAGCUACCAUCCUAUCUUCUCAAGUUACGAAAGCAUCAGCUAGAAAUUCCACACUUGGGGGAGCCGAGCCUUUCCUGAUCUUUCCUAAAGGACGAGAUCGUCCGUCGUAGAGAGCAACAUCUUUGGCACAACAUAUUUAUCUUUACAAGAACAUAUGUUUAGACCUAGUCGUGGUCGUGGUAGUGCUAGUGCACCAAGAGCUACAACGAACGACCCUUAGCCCUCGUGCACCUAGGAGUGCUAGUCCUAGUACUUCUAACCACGACCCCUCCUCCUCCUCUAAUCUGUUGGUGCCGAUAUUCGUUCUUCUUUGUCCUGUAUCCGAUGGGCGUCUCUGGAGAGUUAGGGAGUUUGGCAGCGAGCUGGCAAGAUGUGCAGGAAUGGCCUUUGGAUCGCAAUAGCUUCGACACAUGGCUCAUCAACUGCGCUAAGAUUAUGGCGAGUUAGAUUCAUUCACGACAUCUAGGACAGAUUCAGACUGGUGUAGUACAUCUAGAACAGAUUCAGAUUCAAGCACUGAAUUCUCUGCUUUAAAGGUCAUUUUUGACUGCUUGAGUCUUCAUUUUAUCACUGGAUAAUUAAGCAAGCAGCAGUGAGCAGUUGUUUAUUUAGUGUCUUUGUCUUUCUUUAGGAAGUGGUAGUACUAGCAUGGGUAGAAGAGGAUAAAAAGUACUCAAGCUAGAGGCGGCAAGCAUGAAGAAAUCACAGUCGGUCGCGUCUCCAUCUUCAAGAAGGAAGAUGUAAAAAAACUACCAGAUACAGAUUCUCAACACGACUGAAGAUACAGAUUCUCAAUUAUACCUCAAGAAUAGGUCGUACAUGAAUCAAUCAAAACCUUCGCACCAUGCAUUGACUCUGCUCUAAGGAGACCAUCAUCGGCGUGAGUGGCAACAGCAUGUUUUUGCUGUACGCGAUCUACGCGCCAGGACUCGCCUUCCUCUAUACGCAUAUGAUUUCUUACGGCGAUUCUGACUGGCUAUUAAUUAAUAUAGUACUUUGAUCUUGUAGUGGUUGGUUCCUCACUGAAGACUACUUAUUAGUAACUAUUUGUUUUUGGAGUGCCCCUCACAAGGCUAUUAGUCUAAGUUCAUUCCUGUAGUGGUUGUUUGUUGCUUUUAGUGGCAUGUUGAGCGACAUAGAUACUGGCAUAUUCAGUGGUGGGGAGAAAAGGAGUUGUCGUAGUUUUUUUGCUGACUCUGAGUACGUAGGUAAUUCUGUGACGCCGGGAACGGUUACAUCUUCUUAUUUCAACGUUCAGACCGCAUAGUGAAAAACUAGUUUUACAGCGUGGCUGCCAUACUCUAGUGCCUGUGAGAUUCUGUUCUCCGGAAGAGUCAGAUUUGGAUAGUAUCUUCACUCUCUAAAAUCCGCAGCGAGGAAAAGCGCUUGGUGGUGGCGCCUCAGCGAAGAAGAGCAAGACUGCGUGAGAGAACUCAAGGUAUGUGGGGCCUAGAAUUUCUGCAAUGGGGAAAUCGGGGGCGGUAGAAAUUACAAGCAAAGUAAUACUUUCCGUUAGAGAUGUAGAUGUACCGCUACUUCUAGGUACUAAAUACCAUGUCACUCGAUGAACUACUUAUCUCUGUGUAUCAUAUACAUAUCAUUUUUAUCCUCAUGUGCUGCGAACACGACGAGUAGAGAAACGAAUACAUAGUGCUUAUCGGGACUUCCCAUUAUUUUGCACACACUGAAAAUCCCCUCCCAGCUGCCUCUUAGUAUAGUAUGAUAUCCAUUCCAAGUUAUUUGCAGACAAUGGAGGUUUCUUCUCACCUCGUGACAGUCGAAUCACGACAACAACUGGUCCGAGUACAAGUAAAUAAAGGAUAUCUAGGAGAUCUUUUGUUCAACAUUCAUUUAAGACCCGUCAUGUCGUGAUCGACUCACUUUCUAACUGAGUACUUCUACCUACAAACGACAAUAUAUGAACAUCACAGGUUCCAUAGUGGGUAAAGAACAUCAGGCUUAGUACUACUCGAAAUAUAUAAAUUUAAAAUUUACAUUUACUCCAACACGUUCCUAUAUUGACAUUAAGAGACACUAUCAAUCUAACGCAUGAAGAAUAAACAUCAUGAUGCUUUUGCGCACAUCAUGCUUUCCAUAGUAGAUUCGAAUAUAGAGCACGCUUCUUUGUUGAAAUAUAAUCCUAGUACUCUAUGAAGAGGAACAACAUGGUACUGGAUGGAGACACUCAGUAAUGCUGUAUUGUGCCAGUAAAGGCGAUUUCGAAGAAGCCCUAUACUAUAGAUGACCACUACGGGACUUCACGAAGCAGUGGGGCCUCAGCGAUGAAGUAGAAGGAAUGACAAUGCUCCUUUCUCAAGCUCGGCAAGCUUUGACUGCUCGAUGGAGGAGUUAUCUUGGUGGUGUUUGUUUGUUC